GGGUAUCAAAGUCCGUGAAAAGAUCGAAAACCAUUCAUUCGUAAAAGAUUAAAAUAUUAUAUUUAUCUUAAAUAACAGCAUUUUAUCCAUAAAAUAGUCAAGUUAAACCAAAUUCUGUCGACAUAAAUUAAUACUACAGCUUAUUUUUUAAACUUUUGUGAGGACUGAAUCGAGUUUGCAGUCAUGGCUUGUGCAACUUUAAAACGUUCUUUAGAUUGGGAGUCGAUCAGUCAACGUCCCACAAAACGUCGCAGAUGCUUACCUUUUGGCACUCCUUCAUCACCUUCAACGUCUUCUAGUUCAGCAGUAAAAGUGAUGGAACCAACACCAUCACCAUUUGCAGAAGCUUCAUCUUUCACUCCAAAAUUAACACCAGAGAAAAUGGCUGAGAAUAUUCGUGAAGAAAUUCGACGUUUGCACCGCAGAAAGCAAUUAUCGUUCAGCAAUUCGCAAACAGUUGAGCAAAUGCAAGAUUCGGAGUCAAGUGGUAGUGAAAUGGGAGCUGAAAGUCCACGUCGUCCUGACACUCCACCAACAGCAGUUAAAAAUCCUGAAAUGGCUCUGUUCACAUUCAAACAGGUUCAAAUGAUUUGUGAGCGUAUGCUCAAGGAACGAGAAGAGAAGUUGCGUGAACAAUAUGAUGCAGUUCUAAACAAUAAAUUAGCUGAGCAGUACGAUGCUUUCGUGAAAUUUACGUAUGAUCAAAUUCAGCGUCGAUAUGAAGCUGCACCAAGUUAUCUCUCCUAAUUGUUGUUCUUGUUUGUUUUGCAUAAAACGGUCACCAUUGCAAAUAAGCCACCUUUUGUAAAAGGCAAAACUAGUUUUCCAUCUGAUUAUGAUGGGUUAAUGAAAAGAAUUCAUAAUCGAAGACAAGUGUCAUAAGUUAAAGUAAUAUUAAUUAAUAAUUGAAGCUGAUCUUUGGUUUCCUACCCUGCCCCUGUUUCCUUUUCUAUUCUCUUCCAAUGUUGCUUCUUUUCAAUUUAAGUUUGUCUUUUUUUGUUUCAACAUUUAUAAUUUCGUAAUUCAUUUAAAAUUAUCUUUCAUGUUUAAAAUUUCAAGGAGAAUGAUGAAUGAUUCUCACUUUCUUAAACUUAAUACAUAUUAAUUUUUUUUUCUUCCUAAAAGAAAAGAAAUUAGCAUUAAAUUUAUUUUGAAAAGUUUCCAAAUCAUAAUUGUUUGCAUAAACUUUAUGAGAACCUUUCAUAUCGACUUCAGAUUUAAUUUUAACCAUUUCGAUCUUAAUUCUUGGUUAAAAAGUUAGGUAUUUUAUAUAAAUAUCUAUAAUUAUAGUACUGAAGUAUGAAUCAGCAUAUAUCUUGAAAUAAAAACCUAGUAGUUUGUGCCUAUAACAUCAACUGAUAAUUUUGGAUACAUCAAAAAACUAAAAACAUAAAAAUCAUUCAAUACAGAUGAUAAAAUUUAAUUGCAUUAGAAGAUAAGCAGAUUUUUAAGAUAUAAAUUUGAUAUUCAUCUUCGAACAGCUCCUUUAGCUAAUUUAAUCAACCACAACUAACCAUUAACUUUCUUUUGUCUUACAUAAAAUUUAAUCGAAACUCAAGAAAUGACCCUCAAGAAAAAACGUUUACGCAAAAAAUUAAUUAAUUUUAGAACGUCUCAAUUUUUUUCCUUUUUCUUUACUUUUUAAGAUAAAAUAAUAGAUUUAAGGAAUAAAAAACUGAAUCAAUGCGAUACUUUUUAUAUGAGAAAUUUUGAAAUGUAAAGCUAGUAAUUUAAGAAGAUGAUUUAACGCCGAGACAUUAAGCUUCUUUUUUUUUUUGAUUAUUUAGAUUUGAGAGUAAGGAAAUUAAAGAUAAUGUAUUAGGAUAAAGUUGCGAGAGAAUAAUGAUUUUUUGAAAAUAUCAGAGAACGAGAUUACUUUGAGUCAGGACAUCAGAAAAGGAUUUUCAUAAAAGUUGGAUUUGUUUGUGUUUUAUUUUGAUCUCGCAGCCGCAAAUUUUUUUGUAAUAAAUUACUUGCGAUUAAACGAUAAUAAGUUUUUUUAAUAACUUUGAGGAAUAAAAGUAUAAAAAAUGAUACCUAAGCA